ACCAGCAGUUGGCUUCUUGUGUCAAUGUUUAGUCCUUGUAGUAAAAGUUAAAUUUGUAUUUUAUACAAUAGUGAACAUGUCAGAUCGUUUACAGACUCAGUCAAUAGUAUUGAGUAAGUAUCACAAUCUUGAUAAACAUAAUGAUGACCCUCCUGUUAUCUUAUAUUUAUGAUGUGCAUGAAGCUUUGUGCACCAGUUGUAAAUCAGUGCUGUUUUAAAUCCAUGCAGGACAGUCUGUGAAAAUGGACCAGGCUUUGUUAACAUUUCAUAACCAGCUUCCCGAUGAAGUGUUUGUCUUCUACACCUCAGAUUAUUGCUACGAGUGUGUGUUCCAGCAUUUGGUCAGUGUGAAAGGUGGCAAGAACAACAAAACUGCAGUGAUCAGCACCAAAUUCACUUUGACCUUGCGAGUGGAUUCAGAAAUGAGGAAUUCUACUAUUUGCAGGUGGAGUCAGAUAUAUGAGGAAGGUGGUCAUUACUCAGUGUGGAUCGAGGAGAUAGACGCUGCCAGUAAUCCCAGCUGCAGUCACACUUGGGAUAAAAAACCAAACAACGCACACCUGCCUCUUCUGGUGGCAGUUCUCUUGCUGGCCAUAAUCGCACUCUUGUUUGUUGUGGCACCUUACAUCUACAGGAGACGUCGCACAUCAAAAUUUAUUAAGACCAUUUGCUGCCAAGGCUCUCAGGGCUCAGUGGAUAAUGAUGGAGCACAUGCUUCUGAAGCUGAAAACAACGCCUCUAAACCAAAACCAACGCGUCUGCGCUCACUGGACACUUUCCGAGGGUUUGCCCUCACUGUGAUGGUUUUUGUGAACUAUGGCGGAGGAGGCUACUGGUUCUUUCAACAUGCUCCGUGGAAUGGUCUAACUGUGGCAGAUCUUGUGAUGCCAUGGUUUGUGUUCAUCAUUGGGACUUCAGUGGUGUUGGCUUUCAAAUCCAUGCGAAAGAGAGGAGUGACCCGCCUGCAGCUGCUGCGCAAAAUCUCCUGGAGAACAGUCGUCCUCCUGAUUCUCGGCUUCUGCUUCCUCAACUAUUCUCCAAGAGACGGACCACUGUCCUGGUCCUGGCUGAGGAUCCCUGGAGUGCUGCAGCGUCUGGCCUUCACCUACUUUGCUCUGUCUCUCCUGCAGACUUUCUGGGGCCAGGAAGAAAUCCCACUGAAAGAGUAUCACUGGUGGAACCCCAUCCAGGAUGUGGUCCUGUAUUGGCCACAGUGGCUGAUUAUCAUCCUACUGGAGACUCUGUGGCUGUGCAUCACCUUCCUCCUGCCUGUACCCAACUGCCCCACAGGGUAUUUGGGAGCUGGUGGAAUUGGUGAUAAUGGCCUUUACCCAAACUGCACUGGAGGCGCCGCAGGACUCGUUGAUAGAUGGAUGUUUGGUGAUAACAUGUAUAGGUACCCCACAUGCAAAGAAAUGUAUCACACCACACAGCCCUUUGACCCAGAGGGGGUUCUGGGUACAAUCAACUCCAUUGUCAUGGGAUUUCUGGGGAUGCAGGCGGGGAAAAUUAUCAUCUGCUUCAAGGGGUUAAACUUCCACAUCCUCUGCCGAUUCCUAGUGUGGGCUGUCAUCCUGGGAAUCUCUGCAGCCAUCCUUUCUAAGUGCACACGAGACGGAGGAUUUAUACCUGUCAAUAAAAACCUUUGGUCAAUUUCCUAUGUGACGUGUAUGGGCUGUUUCUCCUUCCUGCUGCUGGGAGUCAUGUACUUUGUCAUUGACAUCAAGGGCUGGUGGAGAGGACAGCCAUUCAUAUAUCCAGGCAUGAACUCCAUUUUUGUGUAUGUUGGCCACUCUCUCCUGGGUUUCUACUUCCCUUUCAGCUGGGAGAUGCGCUUCCAGGACAGUCACUGGGAGUGGCUCUUCCAAAACCUGUGGGGAACUGCACUGUGGGUGCUCAUCUCCUACCUGCUGUACAGAAAGAAAUUCUUCCUCAAAAUAUGAAACGGGAUGAUUAUUUGUCUCUCUCACUCUGUAGAUGCAAUCAUGUUUUUUUUCCUAUUAAAACCAAAUACUUGUCAUGGUUGGAUAAGUAUUAUAACAUCUAUGUAAGUAAAAAGCUGGCUCACAGUUCUUGGCCUAAUCAGUUUAGUUUAAUUCUUAUUGAUGUACAGCCUGCUCAGACACACAUCUGCAUGAAGUGCACAGAUAUUCCAUAAUA